ACGCACACUCGAGGUAUCUCCAAGCUAAUACAAGAAAAAGGACCCGAUGCUUUCAAGGAUGGCAUUCUACAUCAGCUCUUCACGAGCUUUCGCGUGCUCAUGCUUCUUGAAGCCAUCCAACACCGCAGAGAAACAUUCCUAGAUGAGCCCGUCUGGAAGGCAAAAUCUUUUUCAUCAGAAUCGAAAUCGUUGAUGCAAAGUCUGCUGGAUCAGAUUUCUGGUCUACCGGCACUUUUACAGCGGCUCGAUGCCAUUUCCAACAGCGGCCCAAAGGAUCAAAGCGAGAAUAUUGUGGCUUUGUAUAAGGACUUCAAUGCUCAGAUGCUUCGCCUCGAAGAUUGGGAGACAAACCUUAACACGAGCGCAGCAUCCAGACUCCUUUGGUGGCCCGUGGCACUACCUUCGUACACCGGCAGUCCAUUCCCCAUUUCAUAUGAGUUCACCAAUGUGUUGGUCGCCAACACCAUUACUCAUUACUGGGGUGUUCUUUUGGUUGUGCAGAUAUCGAUGGAGACUUUGCAAGCUGUUUUUGACAAGCACGAGAUUGACAACUCUAACAUCCCAAAGCAAAGAGCCAUAGCCUUGUCAGACAGAAAGUUGACUCUGGCAAACGAUAUCUGUCAAAGUGUCAGGUAUCAUCUCCGACCCGAGAUGAAACUUUACGGUCCAGCUGCAAUGCUAUUUCCCCUGAACGUGGCGUUACAGGUCUUCAGUCGAGAGAAUAAGCUGCAAGAGACUUUGUGGUGUGAGGAGAUUAUUUCAAGGCUUGGUUCGAUGGGAAUACGGCUUGCCUUUCAUAUUGCUCCGAUCGGAGAAAGGAAGUCUCCGUGA